UUUCAGUUCAUUUAGUCUAAUCUAUUCCAUGGUACAAGGUCUGAUAUUGAAAAUGGCAAAUGGCAAGGGACUUUAAGGCCAGUUUAAGUAAACAUUUGUGCAUUAGUUGUUUUCGAUCGGUUAAAUGUGUCAUCAUAACAAUGUAAUGUGGACUGUGUGCGAUGGCGAACAGAGACAUAACAGGCCAUCAGCAACAGUUCAUUGAAGAAAUUAAUUACAAUGAAAUUGAAAGAGAGCAGGUAGUUGGUAAGGGGUCUUUUGGAGUUGUAUGGAAAGGAAAGUGGAGAGGCCAAUAUGUUGCUGUAAAGCAUAUCAAUUCGGAGGGUGAAAGAAAAGCUUUCACGGUAGAAGUAAGACAAUUAUCGAGAGUAUUUCAUCCGAAUAUUGUCAAAUUAUAUGGUGCAUGUACCAAAAAUCCAGUAUGUUUGGUAAUGGAAUAUGCAGAAGGUGGAUCAUUAUACAAUGUUCUUCAUUGCAAUCCGCAACCACGCUAUACUGCCAGUCAUGCAAUGAGCUGGGCUCUUCAAUGUGCACGCGGUGUAGCAUAUCUUCACAAUAUGAAACCCAAACCAUUGAUUCAUAGGGAUUUAAAGCCACCGAAUUUAUUGCUAGUCAUGGGUGGACAAACACUUAAAAUUUGUGAUUUUGGUACAGCUUGCGAUUUGAAUACGUAUAUGACUAACAAUAAAGGGUCAGCUGCAUGGAUGGCACCAGAAGUAUUCGAAGGUUCAAGAUAUACUGAAAAAUGUGAUGUAUUUAGUUGGGGUGUCAUUUUGUGGGAAGUUCUCUCACGUAAAAAACCUUUUGACGAGAUUGGUGCAUCUGCGUACAGAAUAAUGUGGGCUGUGCAUAUAGGACAAAGACCACCCUUGAUAGAAGGUUGUCCGAGACCUAUUGAGGAAUUAAUGACAAAAUGUUGGCAGAAAUGUCCAGAAGAUAGACCUUCAAUGGACGAAGUAGUGAGAAUUAUGACUAUUCUAUUUGAAUUUUUUAACAAUAAUUUAGAACCUGUUGAAUAUUCCUUGGGUAGCGAAGCAGACGAUAUCGAUGGCAACGAAGAUACAAAAGAUGAUAUUUUGGAUAUGGUAACGACUUUAGAUACUCGGAUAAAUGGAUCAGUGAUUAAUGGAACAAUAUGUCCAAACGUUACCCCAUCUGUCAAACAAACUAAUAAUUUAACAGAUAGUGAAUUUAAUUCGUAUCCAGUGAUUUCUCAACAGUCCUCCAAUAAUGCAUCAACGCAUUCCUCACCACAAAUAAAAAGAUCGUUACCGCAAUGUAAUCCUAUAAUACCACAAAGUACAUCAUCAUCCGUUGAAAAUGCAAAUCGUAACGCAAAAGACAUUCUAUAUGCGACACCAGCAAUGAAACGAGGCGAUAGACAAUUUAUUUUACCACAAAGUGAAUCCAGUAUGACACCAUUACACGUUAAUUGUGAUACGGAUGCAUGGGAACUUAGUAAUUUUUCAGAUUCGUCGUGGGAAAUUCAUAAUAUGGCUGGUUUAGAUAAAAUGGUGCAAAAGACAAAGAAAACAGUUCGUGGUACCAGCACCACUAGCGAGGACUUGGAUAACGUGUACCGUCUCUUAGAUGCGGAUUUAAGACCCCUUACACCGGACCAUACGUGCGAACGUUCUCGUGAAAUCUUUGAAGAACACAAACAAUUAGCGCAGGAGUAUCUAAAAGUACAAACGGAAAUAGCCCUAUUAGGACAGCAUAAAAAUGAGAUGUUAAAAAAUAUAAGCAUAGAUAAUCUACGACAACAACAAGAACUACGAAAAUUAGAGGAUGAAAAGGAAUCUUUGGUGAAACUGUAUCGAAACUUAAAACGACAAUUAGAGAUAAUGAAAAGCAAGAGAACGAGUAAUAAUCCUGUAAACAAUUGUAUACCAACGAUAAGUUCUGCCGUUUCUGGUAACAAUGGUUGGGUUGUGGUGCCGCGACAAGAUCCUUGAAAACUUUUUAGUCGCAAGAAUGUCCCUAAUGUGUUUCUUAUUAAACAUGAUAGUUUUAUAAAACGAAAAGUUAAGAAUUUAAAAUGAUUCGGAUUGGAAUUUAAAAUGAUUCGGAUUAGAAUUUAAAAAUGGCAUCAAUUUAUUGCAUUUGAAAUUUAACAUUGGUUACUUUGUCCUUUAUAAAUCUUUGUUUAUCUUGGCUAGAUGCCUAACGUGUCGGACUAUGACUGUUCCUUAAUAGUGAUUAAAUGUAUUGAUGGUGUUGUACAAUGAGAUGAUUUACGAUCUAAAUAAGAUAUUUGAAAUUUAAAUAAGAUGAGAAUCGUAGGAACGAAAAUAUAUAUAUUAUCAAUUAUAAAAUAUAUUUAUAUAUACAUACAUAUAGAUCUUUGGUACUAAUUCUAAGAAGUGUAUCUCUAUAUUGAUAAUACAAUAGAAUAUUUUCAUUUAAAAAUAUGUAGAAAAUAAGAUUGAAUAUGGCCAAGAAGUACUUAAUAUGUCGCGAAUAAUAUAAAAUACGUAAAGAUGUAAUGUGCACGUAAUAUUUCGUUGCUCAAUACAAUUUUUAUCUUUAA